AUGAAAACUUUGUUUACAGAAAUGGAUUCUAAAUCAGACUAGUAACUAGUGAAGGAAAUCAAUUCUCUUACUCUGCGUCUCAACUUCGAAUCCCCUCGCACUCAACAAGCCAUGAAAGAACUCAACCUAACCAAACAACAAUGUCAACUCAAGUAAACCAAUGUGUAAAUUAUCAUACAAGAAGUCUCUCAGAAUUUCUGCAAUAUACCAAUGAAGUCGAUGCCAUGUAUCUGAAUCAUUUGCAACUUUUGAAAGGUAAUUCGAUUUUUCCUCUACUCGUAUCUUAGAUAAUCUCUCAAAUCUUGCGAAUCGAAGAAGGGAAAUUGUUGGCCCUUCGAUCAAAAUAGUAUUCACCACUCCCAAACAAUCCAAGCAAUUCAAUUUUCUCAAAAGAAUCUUCGAUCACGACCUUAAGCAGUUAUAUCAAUCAGAAAUGCUUAUUAAAUAAUAAUAAUAAAGAACCACAGACAAAAGUUUUAAAUCAGUCGAGGACAAUCUGAAAUCCAUCUCUAACAAAGCCAAAGCCCAUAACACUACUGUUGAACGGAGACUCUCUCUCUUAAAGUAAACCAGAGAAGAUGAUUUGGAUGAUAGAUUAAAUAAGAGUCUCGAUUUCGAUUCCAAAUUUGAACCUAUCCAAAAAUCCAUACAAGAAUCUAAAACUAAAUUCAAAGUCAUGAUGUCAUCAAAAACACAAUAAAUAUUGGAUUAUCAUCUAGAAAAAAAGAAGAACAUUAGUGAUCAAGAGGAAUUGCGGAGAACUAACUUAUAAUUCAAUACAAUGGAAAAGUCGUAAAGAAGUACACACUUUAAAUAAGGCAUUUCUAGUCAAGGUCGCAAAGAAUUAGUAUAAAAAUAAGAGGAAGAACAAUAGCAAAAUGUAAUCAACAAAAUCGUUAAAUCAAACCAAAGGACUUCCAGUUAGACCUAGUAGAAUUAAUCGAAUAUGCAAAAUGUUAUCUAGAAAAUGAAAGAAGAAUAAGAUAAAAAGAUAACCAAGGUGCAAUAAAAUCUUACUUCAAAAUCUCUAUUCUAAUCAGAACGCGAAAAUGCAAUGACCUAGGAUAUUAAAGAAAAACUAACAUCAAGCAAUUCAAAAGCAAAACAACGCUUAUUGGAUAUCCAAUUGAAGCUAAAAAGUUUAAGUUAAUAAAAAUAAGAAAAAUAAUAAGAAUUACUUAAUAAUUAUACUAGUAAAAUGGAGAAGAGAAAUGAAACCAUUAUUGAAAAGCAUCUCAAAUUAAGGCAGAAACUAAAAAAGAACCAAAAAAGCAAUUCUAAUAUGGUUUAAUAAAUGCAUUAAUUAAUUAUUGAAAAGGACUAGCUUAAUCAAAAUAUCACCAAAGCUUAAAGAUUAAUAGUUACGAAGCCAACUAACAAUAUUGAAGAAUUACUCAACCACGUUCUUUUUAAUUGA